AUGCCUGCUCGCCAGCAGUUGUGCCAUGUGGUGGAGCUACUGCAGUGCGCUUUGCUACCCUGCCUCAGCAGCCGAUCGCUCGCGGCGAUGGAGGGCAUCUGCAAGGAGUUGCGCAAGACCAUCGUCGCAGGUGAGCUCUGGGCCCGAUGCUUUAGCUUAGCGUUGCCCGACUUCGAGCUUUCUCCGACUUGCCUCACAGUCCUGAACUGCGAAGGAGAUGGCCGCGGCCGUGGCGAGCUCAAGCACAUCCUCGGCACUCUUGCAGCAGUGAGGAGCCAUGCAGUCAUCGACUUGAAAGGUGUUCGACUGCCCCUUCCAAGCCCAGCAAUGGCAAAGCAGCUCUUGUCCAAGGUUGAAAUGGCCAGAAUCAAAGCCUUGAAGCAAAUGGAAGAAGCAGGAGUUCCUGGACGGGUUUUGAUGCGGCAUGUCUGCUUCCGUCAGGAGGCCCAGGUGCCUGCCCCAUACCGUGGCCUUGACGUCAUUUGCCGCGCGAGUGAACCCAUACUUUUUGACUUGGAGAAGCCGGAUGGUCAGAUCCAGUCGCUGGCUCUCCAGCUGAAGUGGGUGGAGAACGAGGUGCGCCUACGCGUGAUGCUGGUGCAGAACGGCAUGUGGCCUUUUCCUGUUGCUGAGUCAGAAGCCAGAACCUUGGCCGUGGACGUUGUGGCUACGAGCAAAAUGCCAUUGCUUGCGACGAGGGGUACACAGGUGAAGCUCGGGGCGGGUUGGUAUCCAACCAGCGGCAUCACGGCCGCGAUGAUGCCGACAUCAGAUCUGUUUCGGCUCCUGGCAACCGAUGGCCUUACCUGCGUCAUCGCCGUCUGUGACUACGUCGAGAGCCAUGCAGUGAACGCGGGCCUCAGUUGCGUGCUCAGAUGUUGCAGCACGGUGGAACUGUUGUCGAAGAACAUCUCAUAUCAUGCAUGCGAAGUCAGCCUCCCGUUUGUGUUGAAGCAUUCAUGUCCUUCUUCUUUCGAGCGUGGUCCACUUGCAGUGUUUCUUCUACUUGCUAGCCAACUAAAUCUAUUGCAGACCUCACUCUGGAGCAUCCCGCCAAGUGGACCUUUCAUGGCCAACGUUGCCAUGUCCAGGCUCCUAGAGAUCGAGGCCUCAGACGCCUCCUUUGAGACUCCCAUCUCCGUGGUUCCAGAUCUGGUGGAGGCUGUCUCUGUCCACCCCGGCCUGGGGGUGAAGAUGUCGGGGAAGAGGCUGCGCUUUGGGGCGAUGCCACAGGACGUCUUCUCAGACUUCGGCCCGCCUCAGCAGGUUUGUGUGAAGGACUUGAUCCAGCCGCCUCUGGACGCCUUCCGCAUCCACUCCCGCACGCCGCUGAGACCGGCGAGCUUGGACUACUACUACAACUACUUCUACCUCGGAAUGGACGUGCUCUUCGACGGGCAGACCCAUCUGGUGCAGAAGAUCGUGCUCCACACGAAUACACCAACUCAUGAGCGUUUCUCCCGGUAUACGCGGUGUUUCUUCCAGUUGCAGAUCGAGUUUCACCGUGGUUCCAGUUUUUUGGCCAAGGCACAAGCUCAUGAGAGCCACCAUCGCCAUCACGAGGAUGACAAGAAAGGCAUCGGAAAGACUAUGACGGUGCUGUUCACAAUGUUCCUUUGUUGCAGCUGGUGGGUUGGCAACGCAAUAUUUGCUCAACUCCCGCUGCUGGUCUCUCGCCUGCCGGAGUCAGAUGCCCUCGGCACGCAGCUAUCGAUGAUGGUGCAAGCAGGCAACAUCUUCUCCAUCAGCUACAAGAUCAUUGAGCAUCACGUGGGGCCGUUGGAUGCAAACCUUGUCGUCAACGGCAUGCACCAAGCAUCCCUUCUUCUUUUGAUGUUCCUGGCUCUUUUCUGGGACUCGCAGCUGAUGGGUCGGAGCCUGCCUUUGCUGGGAUUUUCGAUUCUCGCUGGUGGCCUCGGCUGCCUGUCGGAUCUGACCUAUUGGUCGCUGGUGAUGCGGCAUCCUCCACCGUGUACCAAAGCUGUCGGUGUAGGCAUGUCUCUUGGCAACUUCGUGGUUCUUGGCUUGUCCACCGUUCAGGUUACGGGACGCAGUGUGGACAACCCCCGCUUUGGAGUGACGAACUUCUUCGUGCUGGCAGCACUGUUUCAGAUGCUUUGGGGUAUCGUCACGCUCAUCGUCCAGGACAAGCUUGGCCCUGCAGUGGUCUGGGCCGCGGGAUUCGUUUCGGAAAGCUUCGGGAAGCGCCUCCUGAACUUAAUAAAUCCCAUGCACGAGAAGGCGGUCGCCUUGCUGCGCGCUGAGCAGGAGGAGGUGCAGGAGGCCCAGCCGGCAGGCGGAGUGACGGACCACCCGGGGCCAAAGUCCUCGGGGCUGCCGCGGAAGAAGAAGAUCUUGCUCUUUGAAGCGGUCAACUUCUGUACAUAUGCCACAACUUACACCUUGCCUUGUAUUUUGCCUUUCGUCGCGGCGGCUUUUCCUGAGACUGGGCGAAAAUCAAAUUAA